AUUAUUUGACGUCUGUCAAAUUCAGUAUCAUAAAUAUUUAAAGACUGCAAUUAUCAAUAGUCAUUUAAAUAUUUGAAUAACAGUUUUAUAAAUGAUAUUUGAAAUUUUUAGUUAUCAGAAGUCAUGUAUUUUUAGUCAUAAACUUUCCAUUUGAUAGUAAUGCAAGAAGUAAUUUUACAGUUCAAUGGCUGAAGUGAAGUCCAAAAAAAAAUAAUAAAAUUGUCUUCAAUUAUGUGCACUUACAAACGCAUACAUAAAAAUAAUAACAACAGAACAUGAUAAUAAUCCAUAAUUUAAAAUAGUGGGGAUGAAAAGUUUAGACGGCAGUGGGGAGUAAAGUCAUGAUCCAACACCGUCACCAUCACCACUACUGCAACACACGAGUUCUCUUGUUCUUUGUUGUGUUAUAAACACACUCCAGUAUCUAACUGAGUAAUUAUAAAUAACAUCAUUAUUUACAACCGAAAAAUCAAAACAAUCAAGAUGGCUGAUCCAAGUGGUGAAGCAUCGUCGUCGAGUAGUGUCUCGGAGCCAACUAUACGUGAGGAAAUUGAAAAAACAAACGAGGAUUUUAUAGAACCAGAUCAAAAGAGACGAAAAUUACUCGUCAAACAUGACGGGAAAAGUGAUCAGAAACUUGAACAUCGUCUGGGAGGAAUUCUUUGCUGCGCUGUCUGUCUUGACCUCCCGAGAUCUGCCGUUUACCAGUGCACCAAUGGACACUUGAUGUGCGCUGGAUGUUUCACUCACGUACUCGCGGACGCGAGAUUACGAGACGAGUUGGCAACUUGUCCUAACUGCAGAAUUGAGAUAAGCAAAACAUCAGCAUCGAGGAAUCUUGCUGUUGAGAAGGCUGUCUCAGAAUUGCCGGCAGAAUGCCAAUUUUGUGCUAAAGAAUUCCCGAGAAAUUCGUUGGAACGUCAUGAGGAUAAUAUGUGUGAAGAAAGAAUAUCCAGCUGCAAGUACAGCAGAAUCGGGUGCCCAUGGCGAGGUCCGAAUCACGAGCGUGCCGAGCAUGAGGCGCACUGCGUCCACCCGCACCGUACUGGCGCCGAUGUAAUGGAAGCACUGCGUGACAUAGACGCCCGCACCCUCGAGGAACGCAAGCACUAUGACAACAUUUUUGAUCUUCUGUCUUACGAAAAAAUCACAUUCAACGACUUGCAAAUGAAGCCAUACCGUACCGACGAGUUUGUACACAAAUUAUUCUAUGAAACAUCACGGUUCUCGGCAUUUAAUCAUCAAUGGGUUGUAAAAGCUAGAAUUAAUAAUAGCCAGAGAGAUCCAACACAAAGUUCUGAACGUGAUAUGACUUAUCAAUUGAUAUUAAAAACAAAGACAACAUAUCCAUUGGCGCUCCACUAUCUAAUUUUAAAAGGACCUUUUGGUGAUAUGAAAGUACAGCCACGUAUUCAUCGAUUUGAUUUUACUGAGCAAGAUAAUGAAAGCCCGUAUUUACCGUUGCCAUUACCGGAUACCGCGGAAUGCAACAGACUUCUAGCAGCUAAAGCAAUAAGUUUCCGGCUCAUUAUGUUCCUGGCGUCCAAGUAGUUGCUGCUGAAUAUUGCAAUCAAGAUCCUGCCGAGAAAUAAAAUUAUAUAUAUUUAUCUUUUAAUCUUUUAAGAUUAUCAUAGAACUCGGUUACUUGCAAUUAACUUGAAAUUAUUCUUUCGUUUUCAUUUUUUUUUUAAAUAUUUAAAGAACAUGUGAGCCCUAUUCAUUUAUAUAUUUAAAUAUAUAUAUAAUUAUAAUCAUUAAAUGUUUAUUUUUUCAAGUAGACUGAAAAAUAAGAGUAUCUUAUAGUUUAGUCAUUAUUAUUAUUAUUAUUAUUAUUAAUUAUUAUUAUUUUUAUUAUCAUGAACAAUAAAUAAUACAAUUAUUUUUUAAAUUAUUUUUAUUU